AUGCUCAGACAAGGAUUCCGGCGGUGCGCCGGCCUUGUUGGCAGCGCUGCGUCGACUUCGGUCGUCCGCAGUUGUGCAACAUUACCAGCAGCGCGACAUGGCAUCGCCUUGCUGUCCCGCAACCGUAUCCCCUUGAGGAGCAUCGCCAUAGUUUCCCGAGGAUAUGGCACUCAAGCUGCCGAUGCAGAAGUUCAGUCGAAUGAGGCUACCUCGACGACGACGGCGCCAACCGACGCCGAAGAAGUAACGAGAUUCGCCGACCUUGGGGAGCUUGGCGUUCACAACAACUUGCUCAACGCCAUCAUCGACGAUAUGGGAUACGAUGUCAUGACACCCGUCCAGGCAAAGACGAUCAAGCCCGCCCUCAAAGGCACCGACAUCGUUGCUCAAGCCAAGACGGGAACCGGCAAGACCAUAGCUUUCCUGCUGCCUCUCUUGCAGCGAAUGAUCGAGGAAGAUCCCUCCCUGGCGUUGAGAAAGGCUUCGCGGGCCGCCCGAUCCGACGAUAUUCGGGGCAUUGUCCUGUCUCCCACCCGAGAGCUCGCCGAGCAGAUCGCGACCGAGGCCAAGCGCCUUGUGCAAAAAACUGGCCUCGUCGUCCAGUCCGCCGUCGGAGGAACACACAAAGGUGGCAUGCUGCGCCAGACACAGCGCGAAGGCUGCCAUCUCCUCGUUGCCACGCCGGGGCGCCUGGAUGACUUGCUGCGCGAUCCCGCGAGCGGCAUCGACGCCCCGAACCUGGCCGCCCUGGUGUUGGACGAGGCCGACCGCAUGCUGGACGUUGGCUUCGAAAAGGAGUUGAACGACAUCAUCGACCGCCUCCCCAGCCGGGAUGAAAAGGUUCGCCAGACCGUGCUGGUGUCGGCGACCAUUCCCGACAACGUCAUCCGCCUCGCACGUGCCAUGGUUCGGCCCGAUGAUUUUGAGUUUGUCCAGACGAUUUCCGAGAACGACACUCUCACCCACGACCGAGUCCCCCAGCACAUCGUCCCCGUCACGUCGUGGGCCAACGUUUUCCCCAGCCUGUUCGAGUUCAUCGAUCGGGAGGAUGCCAAGAGACGCGAGGACCGCAGCAUGAAGCCCUUCAAGGCCAUCGUUUACUUCAACACAACCGCCCUCGUGGAACUCGCAGGCGAGUUGGGAUUUCAGAGACGACGCGCCAACCUCAUGAAGCUCCCCACCUUCUCCAUCCAAUCCCAGCUCAGCCAGGUCCAGCGAACGAGAGCCGCCGACAUGUUCCGGAAGACACGAGCCGGCGUCCUCUUCUCCUCCGACGUCACCGCCCGCGGCAUGGAUUUCCCCGACGUGACCCACGUCAUCCAAGUCGACACUCCCCGCGACCGCGAGUCGUACAUUCACCGUCUGGGCCGUACUGGCAGACAGCAAAAGGAGGGCGAGGGCUGGCUCCUCGUCCCGCCCAUGUCGCUGACCAGCGCGAGGAGGCUCCUGAGAGGUCUUCCCCUCCAGCCCGACAAGACGCUCGAGGGUGCCGAAGCCGACAUCGAGACGGGCGAGCUGCCCAAGUACCACCAGGAGACGCUCGAGCUUAUCCAGUCCAUCGGCAAGAAGUCGAUUCUAAACAACGCGUACACGUCCCUCUUUGGAGGACAGAAGAUGCACCGGGAAGAGCUCCUCGAUGACCUGAACAUGUGCACUACCCGCGGCUGGGGUUUGAGCAUGCCUCCGGCCGUGUCCUCGUCGUGGGCACGCAACCAGGGCUUGCCGCCGUCGAAGCUGAACAUCCAAGACGGCCGUCGCGACGACGCAGAGGGUGGUGAUUUUGGGCGCGGAAGGCGUUUCAGCUCCGGCUCUCGUUGGUCCGACGACAGGCGGUCGGGUGACAGGCGGUCGGGUGAGAGGCGGUCGUCGGAUCCCUUCGCCGAGAUGAGUCGCCAGGCCCAUCGGGACACCCCUCCCCGCUCCGGCGGCUCCAGCCGCCACUUUGGGCGAUCAAGGUGGUAG